CCUAUUGAAUAAAAACAAAACAAUACCACUACAAUAUAUUCCAGGAAAUUUGCGGUGCUUUAAAGUUUUAAAAUGAGAAGUAGACUUCAAUUCCCAACACCUGCAGUAUCCCAAGCAAUAGAACUUGUGCCUUUAGUCUAUCCUUGGACAGGAUUUUCUUCCGUUCACAUUUGCCAAGCAUCUUCCGUGAAAUUUCCAGCUAUUAUUUGUACAAGUUCUCUCCCCUUCUCCUUAGCCGGCUCACUCUUGUAUCAUCUCACGGAAUUAGCUCUGCAAUUGAACUGAUUUGCUGCUACUUCUAAUGUUCUCAGCUUAGCUAAUUAAUUUGGUUAUCAAUAAGGGUUUGUGUCUUCUACAAUUUCUUUAGUGAAAUUUACAGGUAUACCAUCUAGAUC